UAUCCUGGGUAGCGGUGGCGGCGGCGGCAGAGGUGGAAAACUUUCCAUGUAGUCUAGAGUAGAAUUCAAGACACAGACAGUACCCAACAAAUCGAGACAAUCCUGAUAAAUGUAUCAAACUCCAGCAAUUUGCACUAAAAUCUAUAGAAAGCUGGUUUUCUUUCUUUAGCCUUCUCUCGCCUCCGUCAUGAACAUGGAGUCUAAAUAUAUUUUGGAGAAGUCGUCGGUUGGGACGAGGGUCGGCGGGGCGGAAUUCAACUGCCGGGCAGGCCGCUCCGUGCUCCGCGACACCCGGGUCCCCACGGUGGAAAAAAGCGGUUCCAUGCCGGCGUACACACACAGGCCUGUCAUUUACAAAUUUGUAAUGGACGGCGGCUCAGCGGCGGCGGAGGUUAAAAGCGAGAGAACCUCCCCGAGAGGGACCGGGCUGUCUCCGGGUGGUCGAAUAUCGCACGACGUGGAAAAAAUUGGCGUGGCGGACCAAAAAGACACUGGUUUCACUGGGAUCCUGAAGAGAGCCAGUCCUACUCACUGUCCAGGCACAAAUGGACAGUUGCCAGGUGGCUUCAUGCAUUUGGACAUCAGAAACCCAGGGAAACAGGCAGAGCUGGCCAGCAACUUCAGGGCAGCACAAGGGCAGCAUGUACCACAGACAGAGAGACAGCCCCUUCCCUCCUCACACAUCCCUGUCCCCAGAAGCAGGAAGCCCUCUGAUCAUGCUGAUAAGGAGGUGAUGGCUGCCACCGUCCUGACCUCACUGUCCACAUCCUCUUUGGUGCUCUACCCUUCCUCUGCACCCACAGUCCCGGAGCCAUCCAGUAAGUCCUGGAAAGAUGCGCUGUCAACUAGCUACAGCAGUUCGACCAGUGGCAACUGGAGCUGGGAUGCCAGUGACCAAUCAGUGCCCUCCACACCAUCCCCACCACUCUCCAACGAUACCAACAAGAACUUCCUGCUCUCGUCCCAGGGUGAUGAUGUCAAUGAGGAUGUCACAGAGAGCACGCACUUCAUGUUUGAGGACCCCAUACCUCGGAAGCGAAAGAACUCCAUGAAGGUAAUGUUCAAGUGCUUGUGGAAGAACUGUGAAAAGGUCCUCAGCACCUCCUCAGGGAUCCAGCGACACGUCCGCACCGUCCACCUGUUGCGAAACAGUGACUCUGAUUACAGCGAUGGAGAGGAGGACUUUUACUACUCAGAGAUCGAGGUCAACAUGGACAGCCUAACGGAGGGCUUGUCCAGCCUCACACCCACCUCGCCCACCACGGCCGGUCCUCCGCCCAUCUUCCCUCCACCGCUCACCGAUGUCCCUCACUCCGAGCACAUCAACAUGAAUGGUUCGCAGAGUCACGUCCCUACACUGCUCAGUCAAUCAGCUCCCUCCACACUCUGCCACAUCCGCACUGACCACGCCUACCAGGCCACUGCUCCAGUGAGUAUCCCAGUAGGUCCUGAGCUGGCUGGGAUAGGCAGUGGUAAUGGGAUCGGGCCUGGAACUGGGACUGGGAAUGGCAUCAGUGUGUCGUGGCAGUCCCCUCCUGUCAUUUUUAAAGGCGUCCCGGGGCCUGUGACUCAUGUUCGGACAGUUAGCAUCGGUGAAAAGCGGCAGCCUGCAGCCAGCACACACACCACUGUUAAUAAGAACCACACUUUAAUAACACCGGCACCUAAAUCAACACCAGGAACCAGGAAACCCCGCGGGGAGGCGAAGAAGUGCAGAAAGGUGUACGGCAUGGAGAAGAGAGAAAUGUGGUGCACAGCCUGUCGCUGGAAAAAAGCCUGUCAGAGAUUCACCGACUAAUCCAGUCCCCUUCCCCGGUCUGUGAGAUGAGCUCUUCCUCACUCGGAGUGACAGCAAGGUGGACGCUUCCACUGACGAGACGAGGGGAGAUUUCUUCACGAUGGAGUUCUCGGUGCUGCUUCCUCCAGCCCAGCAGGGGGGCUCGCCUUCUCUCUUUUCCGUUUCCAAACACAAAGAGAAAAUAAAACUGGUUGGUAAAAACAAACAAAAAACCAUCAAGAAAAAAAUAACUUUAUGCAGGUUUUGAGACUUUUUCUAAGACUGAGACAUUUUCACUCUGACGAAUAAGAAAAAAAAGAAAAAAAAAAACAUUUAAAUUGGCUUAUGAACCUUCUUGAGUUGAUCUUUUUUGUUUUUCACUUGCUUCAACUCAAGGCAAUGUUUAAAGACUACAGAUAAGCUUUUUUGGUAUACUCUGUUGUUCAUUAUAGGAGCAUCAUGUAAGCUACUGUUAAGGAUUGAUCAUGACACUUUUUUUGGAGGUUCAAGGGUUAACAACCAGAUCUACUCGGUAUGAAUUCUGUAGCAUAUCCGUUUCUUAUCGUCACUGUUUAAGGGACUUCAAACCUAAGAAAUGCAAAAGGCCUGUUUACUUACAACCAACUUUUUUUUUGGUGUAAGCUCCAACAUCACUGUCUUCUGCAGUCUAACUGGACGUCGACUGCAUGUCUGGAUACAUAUUAUUCAAUAUCAAACAACUUGUUCAUUUAGACAAAUUCUAUACUGCCCGCUAUAUUUGUAGUUUUGCAAAACUGCACCAAAUCUUACACAACAAGUGGUACAAAAAGUUCUCCCUUGAUGUUCCAAAAUAUUUUCGAGAGAUGUACAAAAUAUCAGAAAUAUAUUUCCCUCUCUUUUUCUCUAUACUUUUACUGUAGAGAUAUGCACCUUGAAGAAAUAUGUCAUCUUUUAGAGCAUCACUGUAACCCCCAGCGUAUGCCUAAGAGCGUGAAUAUCUGUUUCUUAUAUAGUUUAUUUUCAGCAAUGACUUGCUGAAACAACUUGCAGUUGCACUGUGCAAUCAGCAGGAUUACAGCAUUUAAUAUUGUCUUUCUUGCUUUGUGGUUGUCAUUGAGUCAUGAGUUGAGGCAGAAAGGCUCAUUAUUCUUCCUUUGACAGCUGAUGUUCUUAAAGAGAUUGUUUACCACAACGAUACGUGAAUGAUAACUGCCCUUUGAAACUUUAACUCACAGUCUGACUGAUGUAAAUUGUGUAUGUAGGUAAAUAACAUAGACGUUGUAACCCAACAAUCACUACCUGAUAAGAAGUCAGGCAUUCUAAUUCAUUUCUUACAGUUUUAAAUGGAGAGGUUACCCAUUCUGUAGUCUUUGGAAUAAUUGCCAUUAACCAGCAUUAUUUUUAGAUACUAGACCUAACUUCAUAGGACCCAAAACUUCCCUACGUUUUAAUACAUGCUGCGUUUUAUCCUUGAAAAUAAUCUUUCACUCUGGUGUAACAUUUGAAGAUAAAUCGUGAGAGUCAAAUCAAGUCAGUGCAGAACAGGAGCGUUGGUGGUCGACUGUAUACUGAUUUCUAUGAGUGAGGUUUUUAAAAUGUUUUACCAAAAUGGAGUCUUACUUUUUAGGACAGGCUUGUAAUAGUUAAAGGUAGGCCAAGGUUUCCAAGCUUUAGAUAAAAUAUAGGUGGUAGAUUUUUUUAGAUAGUUAGAUACUUCAGUUUUUUGAUAUAUCCCUUUUUAACGUGUUUUUCAGCAUUAGUGGCCAUUUGAAGAAAACUGUUCAUUUUAAAACUAUUUUGUUACCUGUUUUGUAUUCGUCAAAGAUAUAAAACAGGAAAGAAACGAAAAGCAAGAGACAUAAGACAUUUUUAUAGUGUUUUUUAAAAAAUAUACUGUCCCUAGUCUUUUUAAAUAGUUUUUAAACUUCCCCCUCCUGUUAAUUAGUAAUGUGUAGUUGUCAUUGACUUUCUCUGAGUUGACUUAAUCAGUUUCUAGGUUUAAAUGACAGAAACAACAGACAAUGCAGAUUUUUUUUAAAUGAUAACCUUCUUCAAACCAUAGGGCCAACUCAAAUUAUUUAUUCCUAUAGUCAAACAUCAUAAAUUUGCCUCAAAGGGCUUUACAAUGUGUAUAUAUUAUAACACCCCCUAUUCUUAGACCCUCGAUUCAAACAAGACAAUGCCCUUAAGAGAAAAAAAAAAAAAAACAACACAGCUAAUUUCCAAUUUGCUCUUAGUAAUAUAGUCAUGAUAUUAGAUAUAUAUACUUUUGAAGAGAUCCACCAUUGUUGUGAAUCUCUCUCUCUUUUUUUUUUUUUAAUUGAUGUGCUGUAUGUUAGCAGCUGUUUGAAUGUGGAUUCUGCUGUGUGUCCUCUUCUCUCGAAGCGCUCCUAACACUGACCUGACCUGAUCUCAGUAGCAACGUAUGACAAACACAGAGUGCCUGUCCUCGUCGAUAUGAGUAGGCCAUCCUCGAGCAGGAUCCUUGAUUGAGAUCCAGUACGACUUCAGACCUCUGUCGCCAUAGAAGCACCUAUGCUGUCCUCUGGGCUCACAUGUGCCGUUGGCUGAUACCAUGUUAUAGGCAACUAGUCAUCACUUCUCGAAGCUGAUGCAUGAGGUCAAAGCGCAAAAAAAAAGAAAAGAAAAAAAGCAUUAAGCCCAUAUGGUUGCUGUCAUAGUAGUUUAUGUCUCAUUGAGUUCCUGUUUCCUUUUUUUUUUUUAAUUUAUGAUCCUCCCUGUAAAGUGUUUAUUCCAGUGAUGUCCCAGAUAAGCUAAGGCCUCUUCCAGUCAGAAACUUCACCAACUUCACCAAGUGCCAAUUCAAAGAAAACAAAAAGGAAAAGGUAUACUGACCUGAUGAAAUUGCACUACGUUGCACUGCGCAAAGACAUGUUUUUGUACAUGGACAUUUUAUAUACACAAAUUUUUAAGUGAAAGGGUAUUUUGUUUUGAAGGGGUGGGAGGGAUAUCGUCACUGCCCGAUGGAAUAAAUGGGGUGUCAGGGAUGUGGGGUCGUGAACCUCUGGGGUUCCCCAUUAUUACCAAGCGAUCUUGACAGUUGAUGUCUUGCUCUUUGUGUCAGAUUUAUUGUACUAGACACAGCGGUGCUGGCAGUUUUAGGGAGUGUGGUACUGGAAGUACAGUGUGGUACUCAGUCAGUCACUUUGCCUUUCCUUGGACUAGUGCCAAGGGUCGAAAGCAGUACCAGCCUUGUCUCAGUGAUGGUAAAACACCAGUUUCAGUCAGUAACUACUCUUUAUCGUCUUGAUAACGGAUGCUUUACAGUUUUUUUAUUGCCUGGGUUUUUUUUCUCCCUCACAAUACUCACACACUUAUUCAUAAAUUUCAGCUUUGUGCUUCCUUUACUUAAAAAAAAAACAAAACAAAAAAACAAAUUCCCGCUUCUUUACAUUUACUGAGCUGAGGUAGUAAUGUGUACAUACUGUUAUUAGUGCUGGAUACCACUUUCAGUUUUGUUAGCUUUAGUUUGGUCGUUGGUAACGUGUCAAAUGCAACCCGUCUAGUCUCUCUCCGUCCUCAGUGUAAGCACUUUUAGAUUCCACCAGCAGGGUUAGAGGCCAGUGCUUCUGCCGGCAGACAAUGGGACUUUCAGGCCGUGUUAAGCUAACAGGCUCAUGUGCUCGCCAGCUGAUAUUCCACCGUUUUUUCAAGUUGCACUAAACUGGCCUGUGACGAUCGAGUCCCAUGGCUGCAUCAUUAAGAGUUUGGUUCUUUGAGUGCGACUUAAGAUCACCGUUGGCCAGACAGAAACGUGGGUACAAAGUUGCUCUUGUGUGCAGACCUUUAACAAGAGAACGUUUUGGUGAAUUCUUUGUAAAAUACAUCAGCAAUCACAACUUUCACCCACACAAUGAGGGAUGGAGAUUGUGGAGAGUGACGGUCGAUGGGUGUGCGGGGGGAAACUGGAGAUUUUUUACAGUAGAUGGACACGAGACACGCAGUGACGAUAUAGGUGGAUUUGCAGUUUCAGGGCUUUCUUGUACAUAUGCAACAUAAAGAGAACCAUGAGGCUUUUUUUUCAUAUAUUGUUGUUGUUUUGUUUGUUGUUGUAUCUCUGUUAUAUGAAAAGGAAACUUUUUUUACAGUACAGUUGCUCAGAAUAUUUUUCUUUCAUUUUUUUUUAAAAAGUCGAUUGAGAAGCUAUAGUGAACAGAUUCAAUGUAUGUUGUAGCUUAGAGGCAAAGGGGAGAAAAACAAAACCCGUUGAAUGUAAAACCUAUAAAAAAAGUCUUUUUUUGUUGUUUUGUUUUGUUGUUGUAAUAGUUGCUGGCUAGUUUGUACUGCCUGUAGUGAACCUGUAGUCGUCCUGAUUUCGGUAUCCAAAUUUUUACCACCCACAGACAGCUGUCGCCACACUGCUAAGUCAUAUAUAAUAACACAACCAUGCAGUAUUGCUUUACUAUCUUACUUUGUGCAAUGAGACGCUUUACAAUGGAACAAGAACUAACUUGCUUUUUGGUGACAUCUGGUCUACUCUCUCACACUCUCACUGUUCUGUCUUUUGUCGAUCGCCCUGCCAAAUGGUAACUUUUUUCUGAAUAUGUGUGGUUAUCGUCGUCGUGGAUAUUGUUUGUGGUUGUGACAUUAAGUUGUUGUUAGGCAGGAUAACCUUUAGACCUUUGGUCACCAUGGAAAUGUCCAACUUGUGGGAAUCUUUAUCCUGCCCUGCACAUUCCAACAGACAGCAUGCUUUUAGUGUCUUCCACUUGCUUCCUAAAAGACAUAUCCUUCCUACUUCCUUUUCACUACAGCAAUUCUUCUCUGAUCACCUUGUCCUUUUCCAUUUCCUGUUCUUGUGCUAUCCAGCUUUACUGUGGUCCCACCCAAGCCUUUACCCAGUAUAUUAAGCUAAACUAAACCCUUGAAAUGUGCAUCAAAAAAAAGCCUUUUUUUUUUUUUCUUUCCAAAAAAUGUCAAAAAUUGAUGUGCUGCUUUCUUGAAUGUCAGUUUCCGUUUGUUUGUAAACCAGCAGCAGCAAAGCCAAUAGAUCUCCUUCCAAAAUAAAUGUAAUGCAUUGCAAUGGCAGCUCCACUCAGUUCUCUGCUUCUUCUACUGUGCUCUUAUUGUUUGUCCAGGCGUUUACCCUGUCUGUCACUUCUCUCAUUUGAUGACCAUUUUUUCCCCUCUCAUGUUGUAUUUUUACUCAGCCUUACACUGGCUGGUGUGAAAACCAACCUUUGCUUCUCCUUCUUUUUCUUUUUCUCAUUGAUUGAUUGUCUGGUUGAGUUUGAGGUUGUUUUGCAUGUCUAGCAUCGCUCAUUUUUUCCUAUUCUUUUUAUUUUUUUUUGUUAGGAGAUACAACACUGAAGGGUUUUAUGUGUUAGAUUUCCCCUCUCAGUAUCCAAUAACCCAAGGCUGAUGUAGAUUGUUUUUCUCUAAAUGUAAAAAUGCUCAUUGCAGUCUGACCCACACACACACGAACACAAACGCACACGCAGUGCUAAAAGCGUUUUGCGGGAAACAUUACGUCAGCCUUGGGUCUUCACUGGAGGGCAAGAUUUCUCCUGUGUGUGGGCUCGGCCUCUGGUCUUCAUCACCAGUCCCACACACAUGGAGGAAGCACUUUCUGAGGAGUGGUGCACUCAAGGAGUAUUUGUGUGAAUGUCAAGCCUAUGACUAGUGCUUGAAAAAGAUGGAUGACCAUGUAUGAUGCUGAUAAUGUGAUCUAUGUGAUGUAAUGUGACAGAAAGAAAAUAAACCUGAAUGGACGAAUCCUGCCAUCA